UUACUUAUCUUACCUCAAUUGAACUUACAAUACAAUGUCUAUGUCCACGAGAAGCAUGCCAAAAUUGUUCAACCCUAUCAAUCUUAAACACAUCAGAAAAAUGGCUUCCGCACCAGCAGCACAUAUCAAAUCUCUCGACCACCUCGUCCUAACAGUUGCCUCUAUACCCCGCAGCACCCAAUGGUACAAGACGAAUUUGGGCAUGCAAUCCGAGCAGUUCGUCUCAAGUUCUACCCCAGAUAUAACGCGUCAUUCUUUGGUCUUUGGUUCACAGAAGAUAAAUCUACAUGAGCUUGGAAAGGUAAACCGUUCCUUUACUCCCUGUCACUUCAUGACAUCUGAAUUCUAAACCGGUUCAAAUAUUAGGAAUUUGAACCCAAAGCCCAGAAUGUGAAAGACGGAAGUGCAGAUUUAUGCUUUCUGACGGAUGAUGAUGUGAAAGAUGUUCGUAGACGUCUAAUAGAUGCUGGUGUGGAAAUGGUAGAUUUGAGCCCCGAAAAGACCGACGAGGGAGUUGUGAAUCGCACAGGUGCCCGAGGCAAGCUGAGAAGUGUUUACUGCAGAGACCCAGACGGGAAUUUGAUCGAGUAAGUCAAGGACCUCCCCUUGAACUCAUUGAGUAUAUUUUGAUGACCAUUGAAGGAUCUCCAACUAUAUCUAAAAACUAUGAAACAUGAUUUGACAUCAUACCAUUUUUGAAAUGGGUAUAUUACGCCUUCUUUCCUUUCCCGAUGGUCGUUAUUUAUAAUCAUCGUCGUCAUUAUACCCCAUUUGUUACUCCAUUACCUGACUAAUAACACCACGCUGGAGGUCCUUAGGAGUAAAUUACGAGAAAUACUACUGUCUCAGGACGUUCAUAACGACAUCCCUCCCAAGUCGUAACAGUUUGCUCUCUUCCUCUAUUAGAGCUUUGUCCUCUACAUGUGAAAAGUCGCCCGCCAGGAACUUUUCGUUUUGAAUCAAAUCCUCGUUCCUUCUUUGAUGCUGCGGCGAGUCUCUCAUAGCCCACGCUCGACUGGUAGCUUCAACAUUCCUUAUGAGAAGCUCUCGAGCCUCUUCUUGGGAUGUAGGUAUAGGCAUUGCAGAGAUGUCAGCUGGUGUUAAUGGUGGCGAAACAUCAUACAGAUCCUCAUCAGGGGCAGUAAAGGCUUCACUCUCCGAGAUGGGAGACACAGCAGAUUCAGAGUCAUCGAUAAGGUCAACAGAAGUAGCUUCCAAAGGCUCUGCAGUAUCUUGGUUCGUCCUGUCCGGUGGGCUAAUUUGUGUUUCGGCCGCUGAGGAGACAUUUUUCAGCCCGGCCUUUACUAUGUUUCGGAGUAACCUCCCUUCAUUA